GAAGUCUCAAGACAGUCAGACAGACAGAUAGACGGGUGAAACAGCUAUGAGCGAGUCUGCCGUUUCAUUAAACAAACAUGAGGUCGAGCGUUUGCUCACUUACGAUGAUCUGAUUCCCAGACUGGAGUCUGUCAUGGGAAAGUUUUCUAAACGGGGCAGUUCAGAAAUAAUCCAGCCUGUGAGGUCUGUGGUCCUUAUACAACAACACAGUGGGUUUUUGGGCGUGAUGCCUGCAUAUUUGCCCGCUGAGGGCAUUUUAUGCACUAAAAUGGUGACUUUCUACCAACGUGAAGAGGGCUCCAGUGUACCAUCAACUCGAGCCACAGUGUUGCUGUUUCAUCCCGAGCAUGGCCAUGUGACAGCGAUCAUGGAUGGGGAGGCCAUCACAGCCAAACGAACCGCAGCAGUAUCAGCCAUAUCAGCUAAACUGUUCAAGCCAGCUCUUUCAGAGGUGUUGUGCAUCCUUGGUUCAGGACAACAGGCUAGAAGCCACUAUGAUGUCUUUACAAAGCUCUUCAAGUUCAAAGAGGUCCGUGUGUGGAGCAGAAGGAAAGAAAUGGCUCAACGGUUUGUUACUGAUCUCCAAGGCCCUGUAACAGUUUGUUCUUCAGUGAAAGAGGCGGUGAUAGGAGCUGAUGUAAUAGUGACUGCCACAGGUGCAAGUCAGCCGAUACUCUUUGGCGAGUGGGUCAAACCAGGUGCACACAUAGCAGCGGUGGGCGCUUGUCGGCCAGACUGGAGGGAGCUGGAUGAUGUUUUGAUGAGAGAGGCUGUGGUGUACGUGGACUGCAGAGAGGGGGCGACAGCAGAGUCAGGAGACAUCAUUCUGUCUGGAGCUGAAGUUUUCUCGGAGCUCGGAGAAGUUAUAAAUGGAUCUUUUCCUGCUCAGCGUGAGAAGACUACGGUAUUCAAGUCACUGGGAAUGGGGAUACAAGAUGCCGUCUCAGCAAAACUUGUGCUGGAGAAGUGGAACAGCGAACACUGAAGAACCAAACAGCACAGCUUCCUCCACUCAUUGCACAAUUGUCUUGUCUGCCAUGAGGGCGGCAUCUUUACCCUGAUCAUUGAUUAUGAGAGCAAACUGCUCUCAUGCUUGUAAAGAUUAAUCGGUAAAUUACUUUUAGUCUGCAAAAAAUAGCCACACUAAUUGCAAUCAUCACUUUUUUUUUUUUUUACACAUUU